UAGCGCUUGGUUUUUUUUUCCUCUGAAAUUUAUCGUUAUUUUAUACCUGCGGUUUCUGGUUAUUGAGAAGCUGCGUAUUCGAAGCCUUUCAAUCUAUUUUCUUAAUUUUGUCCGCCAUGAUGAUCCAGAAGAACGCGAAGUUAUCGCCGCCAUUGUUCUCGUCGCCCAUGCCGAGGUCAUGCGCAGCAGUGAGACCUACUCUUACUGUAUUUCCCCGCUUUUUCAACGCCGCGAAACUCGUCCAACGACAUUUCUCUCAUUCUAUCGAGACUAGAGUGGAACUUGCUCGCGUUCAUUCCCCGUUUCAUCCUCCUCUGCUGGCUGGCGACGGCAUUGGGUGUGGUGGAAACAGUAAUGGUGGUUGGAAUAAUCCAUAUCAUUUUGGGAGUUUCGGGUGGUGGCAUGAUGACAAUAAUUUUUCCCAAGGGCCGCAUAAUGCCUUCCUUGCCCUCUUCCUCACCUCCGUUCUGUGUUGUUUCUGCCAUUUUCAGUUGGCUGCAGCACUAGCACGUAAUGAUCUGAACUCUGGGUCUAUUUGGGAAGUCAAAGGAGGUAAGCGAAUCCGCAUCAUUCUUGAUACAUUUAGGGAUGAGUUCCAUGUUGCAACUGGCAUGCCGUCGUCUCCGUUAUCCUUUUCCUGUGUCAAUUUUUGGUUUCGUUGCAGCGAUAUCUUCAGGCAUUUGAUGCUUCCGGAGGGUUUUCCAGACAGUGUUACCAGCGACUAUCUGGAAUAUUCUCUUUGGCGAGGAGUCCAGGGUAUCGCUAGCCAAGUUAGUGGGGUGCUUGCAACGCAGGCACUGCUUUAUGCUGUUGGAUUAGGAAAAGGAGCUAUUCCGACUGCUGCUGCCGUCAAUUGGGUACUGAAGGAUGGAUUUGGAUACCUGAGUAAAAUAUUCCUCUCAAAAUAUGGGCGGCAUUUUGAUGUCAAUCCGAAGGGGUGGAGGUUGUUUGCUGAUCUUCUGGAAAAUGCUGCCUUUGGGAUGGAGAUGCUAACUCCCGCAUUUCCCCAUCAUUUUGUUGUGAUUGGUGCUGCUGCUGGGGCUGGACGAUCUGCGGCCGCCUUAAUUCAGGCUGCUACUAGGAGUUGUUUUUAUGCUGGCUUUGCUGCUCAAAGAAAUUUUGCUGAGGUGAUUGCUAAGGGUGAAGCACAAGGAAUGGUUAGCAAGUCUAUUGGUAUGAUGCUUGGCAUUACAUUGGCUAAUCGUAUAAGGUCCUCAACAUCUCUUGCUCUUGGUUGCUUUAGCGUAGUGACCUUCAUCCACAUGUUCUGCAAUCUAAAAUCAUACAAGUCCAUUCAACUAAGGACAUUAAAUCCUUAUCGUGCAAGUUUGGUCUUCAGUGAAUAUCUUUUAAGUGGUGAAGUGCCUCCUAUUAAAGAUGUGAACAAUGAAGAACCUCUUUUUCCUGCUGUACCAUUUCUUAAUACAAGACUUGCUCGUGGUGAACCAAAAUUGCGUUUACUCUCUACUGAAGCAAAGGAAUCAGCAGCUAAUAUUGAAAAGCGACUGCAAUUGGGAUCUAAGCUCAGUGAUGUGGUGAGCUGUGAGGAGGAUGUUCUUGAACUCUUCAGUCUGUAUAAAAAUGAAAAUUACAUUCUAUCUGAGCAGAGGGGAAGAUAUUGUGUAAUGCUUAAAGAAAGUGCUUCACCAGUAGACAUGCUCAAGGCAUUGUUCCAUGUCAAUUAUCUGCACUGGCUAGAGAGAAAUGCUGGAAUAAUAGCAAGAAGUGCCUCUAAUGACUGCAGACCGGGGGGAAGGUUGCAAAUAUCUCUGGAGUAUGUGCAAAGGGAAUUCAACCAUGUCAAAUAUGAUGGGGAAUUAGCGGGUUGGUUAACUGAUGGCUUAAUUGCGAGGCCGUUAGCUAAUAGGAUUCGUCCAUGUCAUUUAGUCACGUAGUUUGCUUCAUGAUGAGAUUCAGGAAGGACAUUUCUAGUAAUACUGGAUCUUGUAUUACUUGAAGUAAUAAUGGUGUGCAAAGAGAUCUAUAUGAAAUUCAUUCUCACUUUAUACACUUAACACUUCUAAAAAAGAAAAGGUGAGACAGUAAGUCUAGGUUUUUGGGACUAUAGACAAAAUGCCCCCUUAGAAUCUGAGUUGAAGAAAGAUAUCUUUUUUUCUAUAAUUUCAAAAAAAGUUGAUACACUAGACGGAUGUGUAAAAACUAUUCUCUCUUUUCCGUCACUUUUACAUGAAACAUGAAGAGGGAAGGAAGACCAAACAAGUUCCUAACCCAUAUUCUUAUUCUUGUUCUUGUUUA